AUUACAGAUCAGAGCUAAUCGGGUCGGGUAUAAAAGAAGGUGCCUGUGAUCGAGCGGUUUAGAGAGCCGCAUAAUGAAGUGCCUGACGCUAUUGGCGCUUUUGUUCUUGGCCACUUUGGCCUUCGUUCAAGCCGGAAAGGUCACCAUCAACGGAAAGUGUGUGGACUGUUCGAAUGACCAUACCACCACCACCACCACCCACAAACCUUUAAGAGGCAGGGGAAAUGGUGGCAAGACCACUGCAAGACCCAGGCCCAAAUCAACUCCGACCCACAGACGACCUUCGUCGGAUGAGGACGACAAUGAACUGGACGGCUGGUCACUUCAUCAGUCCGCUGGAGGAUCUCAGCAUAUAGCCAGGCGAUCCAAGCGCCAAUGGGGCGGUGGUCAGUACAUCGAUCUGGGUGGAUCUGGCGGAAGGGGAGGAGGAGGAAGUGGAGGAGGAGGCUGGUCAGGAGGUGGCGUUACCACCAUCGAUUCCCGACCCUAUCCCGGAGGAACCUUGGUCCGUAACAGCGACUGCGUCGGAUGUAAUAUUCGUGGUUAAUGCCACCGAAAUUAAUUACAAUAAAUCAUUUAAAAAAUAUGAAAAUUA